UCGCCUGAUAAGUCACGAGAAUCUCUCCGCCUUUUGAGUUCACCAAAAAGUUACAUUCAUAACAAUGUCUACCACAACAGCUACGACCCGAGGAACUAAGCAGUCUCGAGGAGGACGAGGAGGACGCGGUGGAAAUCGAGGCAAAGGGCGUGGAAGUAUUCGGGGUGCAGAUAUUCCGUCGAAGAAAGAAGAGAACGGGCAAUCUAUUUCGCCACCAGUGACAGAUGUACCAUCGGAGAAGAAGGAUACCGCCAAACCAGAGGAGGCAGAAAAGGAAGAGGAAGAAGCGGUUUGCUGGAUCUGUGCUGAACCAGUCAAGUACUAUUCUGUAUCGGCCUGUAAUCAUCGCACUUGUCACGUAUGCGCUCUUCGACUUCGAGCGUUGUACAAGAAGAAGGAUUGUACAUUUUGUAAGGAGCCUCAACCAACUGUCAUUUUCACGGUUUCUGAAGAUCAGCCGUUCUCUGAAUACAACACGGAUGAAAUGGUCUAUAAAGACGAACGGCUGUCGAUCGUUUUCGAGACGGAAGAAAUGAUGGAAGAAACCCUGAUCUUGCUGCGAUUCAACUGUCCGGACACAGAAUGCGAUUAUAUUGCGAAGGGAUGGAGCGAUCUUAAAUUGCACGUUCGUGCUCACCAUAAUAAACUUAUGUGUGAUCUAUGCAUUCGUAUGAAGAAAGUCUUUGCGCAUGAGCUUCCCCUGUAUACCUACGCUCAACUAAUCAUCCACCUGCCAUCUAUCAACCGACGGUCUAAUCAAAAGCAAAUACCAAAGGAGGACAUGGAGGGUGGAAUACACCCGCUUUGUGAAUUUUGCCGUGAAUGUUUCUUUAGUGGGGACGAACUAUAUCCACAUAUGCGGGAACGGCACGAAGAAUGUUUCAUUUGCAAACGUAAUGAGGUUAGGGACCAAUAUUUCCAAGAUUAUGCCAGUCUUGAAAAUCAUUUCAACUCAGGCCACUACCCUUGCACCGAUUCUGCCUGUCUCGCUCAGAAGUUCGUGGUUUUCAACACGCCAAUCGACCUCCAAGCCCACAUGGUAGAAACACACGGAGGAGGGAUGAGCGCUCGAGACAGGAAAGAUGCUCGACGGGUCCAAACCAACUUUGAAUUUGAGGAAGUUCCUGGAUCUGGUCGGGCAAGAGCGAGAGGAAGAGAGCGAGAUCCACCUCCGCGACCACGACAGCAGCCACCACCGCCUGCUCAGCCACCAGCUCGACCUCCAGGCCCCGGAAGAAGAAAAGAAGGCUUUGUUGGGGCGUUGACGGUCGAGGGUGGUGGUGACGGGUCACCCGCCGGAACUCCACGAAACGGUGCUACUCCUCCUGGACUUAGCGGCAGGAACAGUCCCUCUCCCCCGUUACAGGAUGUUGAUCACGUUGUGAUAGAGCGGCACACGGCUUUCAUCGAACGUCUACAAUCGUUCGCACCUAAUCCCUCCAGUGGGGUACCAGUCGUCAAGGCGGCUAUCCGCAGCUAUCGUGCUUCGGAGUCUAGUGCAAGAGACCUCAUUUCGACCAUAUUCAACGUGCUCGACUGUCAUUUAGAACAUACUGCGAGUAUUAUCAACUCUUUUGUGGACUUGCUGGAUGAAGAAGACAAGAAACAAGACCUACUCAGUUCAUGGAAAGGCUUCGAGGUCGCCCAACGCCGUCAAUUUCCCGAGCUGGUUCCCACAUCUCUCGGUUCUGGGUAUGCAGGUAUCACCAGUGGAAGAGUCCUCAACGCCAAAAAUUCUACUCACGUGCGAAUCAACAAAUCGUCAUCCCGCACCGUCUGGGAUCGGGUAGCUCAAGCAGCUGGCUCUUCAUCGUCCUCUUUAUCAGCACCAUCACUUCAACAACGACCGCCCGAUAGAUUUCCUCCCUUACGGGCAUCCGCGACUACAACGUCUCGUUCGUCGGCAAAUCAACGAAAGACACCUUGGGUGUCUUCGAAUUUCACACCGCAGACGACGACCUCUUCAACGCAACCGCAGCAAGCGAUAUAUUCCGUACCUGGACCUUCCGCAUCGUCGUUGAGAAAUUCGCAACCUCCGCCCAAAUUGUCGAAAGCGAUGUUCCCUGAGCUCCCGACUUCGACCAACUCGAGACAGAAGGUGCCUGUGAGCGGUAACCAGUCGUUGAAGAAGAUUUUGGGCAUCACUUCGUCGGCACCCGUGACGAAUGUAUGGGGUGGUGGAGGCACCAAUGUGAAUCCUCCCAGGGAGAGGAACGAUAAUACGGAAGCCGACGAUGAACCAGCACCUGUUAGCAGUGGUGGGAAUGGUAAAGGAAAGAAGGGAAAAGGGAAACAGAAACAGACACUAUUUACUCUUGGAAGUUUCCCGACGUAACACGAAGCAAAUUAUUAAAGGAAUUGGGUGUGGUCGAUGGGUUCAGCACACCAGCAAUAGAUCUAUAUAUGCAUUCUAUGUAGAUUUAUGAUGUAUGAUGAUUCAAGGAAGGGUUUUACUGAGACUGGUUGUUGUUGCGAAUGACGAAGAAGCGACGUAGAGGGAACGAGCGCUGGAGGAGCCAGAAAAGACAACAAGACAGCAUGAAUGCCACGAUCCACACAUUCUUGCC